AGCUGUACAGUCCAGAGUCCAGGUAGACAAAACAAUCCAGGUUGCCCCUUUACAACUGAGCUAAAGGAACCGAAGGAGGAAGAAAGAAAGAGAAUCCUCUUCAGGGAAGAACCUACCAGUUCCUCCCUUGACACCAUGGAGUACAUAAAUGCCUUGGCACCAUCGACUUUGCUAAAGUCAGUAUCAAGUGCGGGCUCGGAACUCACCCGGCGGGUCUGGGCUCCGAGCCCCCCACCUCAGAGGCCGUUUCGAGUCUGCGACCACAAGCACAACAUCCGCAAGGGAGUGACGGCAGGGACCUUGAAGGAGCUGCUGGUCAAGGCAAGGGAAACACUGCUCGUCUCCAGCAUCAUUUCCUUGGUUUUGGAGGAAGACGGCACCCUGGUGGAGACGGAGGAGUUCUUCGAGGUCCUGGACGAUAACACAGCCCUGAUGGUGCUAGAGAAAGGGCAGAAGUGGAGCCAUGGCAAGGGCGGCAGCCGGUCGUACGCACUCAGCCGGGACAAGCCCCGAAACAGCCGAGACAUCGCCCGCAUCACCUUCGACGUCUACAAACUCAACCCCCGUGACCUCUUCGGCAGCCUCAACGUGUCUGCCACUUUCUACGGCCUCUACUCCAUGAGCUGCGACUUCAAGUGCCUGGGACCCAAGAAGGUGCUGAGGGAGAUCCUGCGAGUGGUGUCCUCCAUCAUGCAAGGCGUCGGGCACAUCCUCCUGGGCACCUCCCACUACAUCCGCCGCCUUUUGGAGGGUGGCGACAGCUGGCACCCGCACGCCAGGGUGAGAAGCUACGAAGACUGACACCGCCCUCCCCUGCAGGACCGGGGCAAGGAGAUUCCUUUCCGCAUCCUGUGUCCCGCCCACCCUUCCGCUGCCGAACAAAUCUCAGGGCCGUAAUAUGACUUGGGACACUGAUUAAAAACGGUAUUUAAAACAAACAAA